UAUCUUCCUGGGAAAGUAUUACUAGUGAUUCUGAUUGAGGCAAGCAGCAUCACUUACGCCACUAGUUUUGAUGGCUACCUCUUCGUUUUCACACACUCUUAUUCCAUGCGAUCACCACAUAGCUGAUGAAAGCAGAGAUCUGCAAUGACGAUUACCAUUUCAACUCCUCUGUUUUUCCAUUCCCCUGUCUCCCCUUGUUGUUGUUCUCCAGCUCUUCACUUUCGGGCUAGAACAAGACCCAUUCGUUUUUCUCUUGUUGAAGCUCGUCCGUAUGUCCGAAAGGAGGAUAUUGUUGUUGUCGGAGCUGGAAUCGCAGGUCUCGUAACCGCAUUGUCCCUUCAUAGGCUUGGAGUCCGGUCAUUAGUGCUCGAGCAAGCGGAGUCGCUUCGAACCAGUGGAACCUUACUUACGCUCUUCAAGAACGGAUGGAGUCUGUUGGAUGCAAUUGGGGUUGCCGAUGAACUCAGGACCCAGUUUCUUGAAAUCCAAGGAUGUUAGAUGAUUGAAUGCCAGAGACUGAUUGCAAGGGAAAUUCAAAGGGCAGGAAAGUAAAAGUUUCAAAUUUAAAAAAGAAAUUUGUCUUUUGUAAUCAUCACCUCACCUCAUGUGAUUCCAUGUGAUUGUAUAAAUUACUUAAAAUUUUCAUCAUAUUCAACAAUGUUAUAUUUUACAUGUAAUUUUAUUUUAUAUUUUAUAACAUAUGGUCUUUGAUGCAAAAUCAAGUGAAUUUUAAUAACCAAAUAUGGAAUAAUUUGGAGUUAGUGAUAUAGUCACAUGGGAUAAUAAUUACAAAAAUUUCUUUCUUAAGUAUGAAAAUUUCACAUCGCUUCCCUUUACUUUCCCUUGCAACUAUACGGAGCCGAAAUUCUUUUUCAAUUCUCCCAAAGAAAAUGAAAAUGAAAGCUAUCGAUUCUAUUUCUUUAUGUUCAUCUAUGCUUUUAUUUUGCUUGUGAUUUUUUGUAUCUUAAGUAUUAUAAAUUUCUAUUCCUCUCUAAGACCAAAUAAGAUACUCUGGAUGGUAAUAUAUCCAAUAUCUUGUACAACUUAUGCAGUAGAGAUGGUCUUAAUCACAAGAAUAUACUGCCAAAUAUCUGAUUAAAUUAUAGGCAUGGGAGAAUUCAAUCAUGUUCGACUUACAUUUCCAUCCACGGUGAUAUGUACCAGUGCACCUCAUCAUCCACUCCUAACUCCCUCAAAAUAAAUUAAUUAAGAGGAAAUAUCACUCCUCUCCCCCAUCCCCCUGCAAAAAUAUCAUAUACCCCCAAGGCAUUUUCAAAAAUAUCACCCUCCUCCCUCAAUCUGAAAAGAUCUAUCCAUGGUCCCCCUUAGUGAAAAAUGGUUAUUAAGUCAUGAAUUUAUUUUUCAGACACCCGAACUACCCCCGACAUAUCUUCCUCUUCAAUCUGAAACUCUAGGCUACCAAUUGGUGAUGCCCAGCAAUCGAAGCCCUUUCAAAUCCCUCUCCCUCCAUCACCAUCGUCUCUGAGACUCCACUUGUCUCUUUUGAGAAUACCCACCACCAAAGAACUGAAAAACAGAGCAAUAGAAUGAACAAAAAAAACAUUGAAAAAAUAAAAAGAUAAUAGAAGAAGAUCAACACAGUAAAGGAAGCAAGCACGAAGAACAGAAGAUGAACAUAGGCAAAAAAUGUACAAAAUCAAAGGGUAGAUUGAUUA